AUGGCGACGACACGCCCGCACCGGUCCUCGACGGCGGCCUCGCGGGUCCCGCCCACCAACGACCAGAUUGCAGAGCUGCGUGGGCUGGCCGACGACCUGCUCCGUGCCGCCGAGUCGUGCCCGCCGACGUCUGCCACGCUGCACAGCCAGGGCCACGCGCUGCGCCGCAUGCGCCAGCUGCUCAUAGACGCGAGCGACCAGACGCACACCAAAGACGCCUUCCGCCAUGUGCGCGGCUUCGACGUGCUGCUCACCACCCUGCGCUCCCUCUCCGGCUUCUACACCCCCGCCGCCCUCGCCCCGCCCGACCGCGGCGACUUCUUCGACGUCAUCAAGGCCACGCUGGACGUGCUGUCGGACGCCCUGAACGAGCACGCCGGCAACCGCCGCUUCUUCGCUCGCCGCGUCGACGACGGCGGCUGGAGUGCUCUCGAGCAGGCUUUGGCCAGCACCGGCAUCCUGGGCGCACACGCCGAGAGCACCCGCGACGAUGCAGGCCAGGAGCAGCUGUUCGGCAACCUCUUCGCCUUUGCCCUGGGCGACGAGGCCAUGACACGCAUCUUCAGACACGUCGACAGUCAUGUUGAUAGUAAUGUCGACACCAACCUCAACCAAGCACAGCCGCAGCACCACCGAGCCUCUACACGAGGAGGAGAUGAAGGAGAAGGAGGACAGGACGAAGACGAAGACAAAGACAAAGACAAAGACAAAGACAAAGACAAAGACAAAGACAAAGACAAAGACAAAGACAAAGACAAAGACAAAGACAAAGACAAAGACAAAGACAAAGACAAAGACAAAGACAAAGACAAAGACAAAGACAGAGACGAAGACGAAGAACAAGAAAAAGUAAAAGUAAAAGGAGAAGCAGGAGAUACACUGCCCGCACAUGUCCCCGUCUCCAGUCCACGCUCUGCGUACGACGACGCCGGCAUCAACCUCGACCCCCUGCGCAGCCAUCUGAGGAAGCUCUUCAGCGGCAAUGAGGUCCUGCAGAACCCAGACAUCAUGCCCACCAUCUUCCACUUCUGGCGCGGCCUCUCUGGCGACGACGCUCCUGGCACAAAGUCGAAGCCGCUCUCCGUCGCCGUCUUGCUUGCCGUACUCGACAUCACCAAGCUCUCCUCCUACAACAAAGCCGGGCUGCACAUCACUGGCAUACUCAGCUUCAUCCUGCCGCUGUUGUUCGAGAACAAGUGCGCCGCCACCGAGGCUGCUCUACUGCAGGAGCUCGCAGACACGCUGAUCGAGUAUGGCAUCAGCAAGCUCGACGACGCCUACUACCUCUUCCGCAAAGCAGCCUCGUCCGAGCAGGCUGCCGAGUUCCUCCACCGAGGUAUGCAAACUUCAAGAGCCCCUCACUUCAUACAGUUCGAUCUGUCCCUCCACGGCUUCAGCGCUAUCGAGCUCCCGGACAUCGGCCGUCCCUUCCCACCCGUGUCUCAGGGAGGUGGCUACACAUUCGCGACUUGGCUUCGAGUGGACAAGUACGACCUCAACUGUCACACGACCCUAUUCGGUGCAUACGAUGAUACGCAGACCUGUUUCUUGAUGGCAUAUCUGGAGAAAGAUACCCGCUGCUUCAUCUUGCAGACAUACAUGGGCCACGCAUCUGGCGUCGUCCCAAGCGUCCGCUUCAAGAAAGCGCCUCGUUUCGAAGAGGGCAGGUGGUACCACAUUGCCAUCGUGCAUCGCCGCGCAAAGGCUUUGGGCAUGGGCAGCCACAAAGCUUCCAUCUUUGUCGAUGGCGAGUUCACAGAGACCAUGAAGGCCCACUAUCCAUCACACCCCCCCGUUCUAGACAGCAGCCAGGAGAGCUUUGCCUCCACGUCCUCAAGCACCCCGAAGCACCACAUACUGGCCUUCUUGGGUACCCCACGCAAUCUGGCUCCUCGAUUGGGCAGGGACGUGCUCACUUCCAAGCUUUCCGUAGCGUCUUUUCACCUCUUCUCAGAGCCCUUGUCCGACGAACUAAUCGCUGUUUACCACAAGCUAGGCCCAAGGUAUUGCGGUAACUUUCAGGACAGGCUCGGCUCAUUCCAGACCUAUCGCACAUCAGCAGAGCUGCAUGUCCACAACGAGAUACUACAUCCUGGCAGGGAGGAGCGCUCGGACAUCGUAACGGCGAUUCGCUCCAACGCAAGCUAUCUCAUGCCAGAGUCGAAAAUACUGCUAAGCUUCUCGCCCAGCUCGGUAAUGGAUGAUGAUGACAGAAACGCCGUUGACGAAUCUCAGCUGAUCAAGUCGCUGUCGAGAGAUUCAGCAAGGUCCCUCCACAGGUAUACAAGGGCUUACAGCACGCCCAUCGUCAUCAACGCUGCUGUUCCUUCUGUCAACGAUGCCUUGUCACAAGCACGUGGAUUUGGUAGAUUAUCAGGUAAUCCGGUCGUCGUAGUUCCCCAAUCACUCGACGAUGCAAUCUGGCGCAUCGGUGGCUGCGCGGCUGUUGGACUGAAGCUGGUGCAAGCCGCGCAAUCCCUGAAGAGUGUCCUGCGGGCUGUCAAGAUCCUCCUCGAGGCAGUCGAGGGCAAUUGGCGAAAUUGCGAAGCCAUGGAGCAAAGCAACGGAUUCGCGAUCCUUGCCGAGGUUCUGCGUCAAAAGAUUGGAUUCGCAAUGGGCGGCCUUGUCAUGCGAAACGCUUCGUCGCUCGAUGUUACCCCAGAACAGUGUGAGGUGUUCGUGUCGCAGUUGCUGUCUGUCAUACUUCGAUUUGUUGGCUAUGACGAGCAACAUCCGGAGGAAUCGCUCAUCAUCAACCCCCUUGCUUACCGGGUUCUUCUUGUGGACCUUGAGAUCUGGCGUAGAACAACCUCGCUGAACACGCAAAGAAAGUAUUACACACAGUUUGUACAGUUUGCAAAGGGCAGCAAGCACCAUCAUUACAAUGCCAAACGAUUUCACAGAAUCAGAGUGGUCAAGCGCUUGACAGAUGCGCUAAAAGGAGAGACAUUUACCCUACAAACAUUCCCACUGUUCCUUGAUGCCUUCAAAGCCCUCUUGCAUAUCAAUUUAAAUGGCGAGAACGCUCGAUCGCUGUCCCUGUUCGUCACAUACGCUCUGCACGAUAGUCGUGCAUCUUACGCCAAACGAGCACUGCGACCCAAGGCAAGCACUCUUCGCCUACGAAGAGGGACACCACCCAAUCUAACGCCCACGCCCACGCCGCCGUCCUCUAGUCCUUCGAGUGGACCGGAAGCAGCACCAGUCUCCCUACCAGACCUGGGCAUAUCGAUACUGAACCUGUUAUCGGAGUUCUUGUGCAACCCACACAACCCCCAUGAGAUCGUCCGGUUUGCCAAGAACGUAACUGGGAAGUGGCUUUUGUACCUGCUCGCUGAGACUGAUCAGCGCGUGGUCGUGCUUGGUGCAAAGAUUCUAGCGCGCCUACUUGUUACCAAUGGCCCGCCUUACGUCAAGAAGUUUGGCGACAAGACCGGCGGCUUCAUUGUGAUGAAGAACAGACUCCGACACUGGUGGAACACACCUGGCGUCUGGACCAUCUGCUUCGCCGUACUUUUCGGCCGCGAUGUGGCUACCAUUGACUUUGAGCGAGACUUUGAUGUCUUCAACCUGGUUGACAUCUUUAUGACACACUCACCACAGUCAAAGUUAAGCAUAGCAUAUCCUGAGAUCUUUUCGGUCAUCACUGCAAUGCUGGAUACCGGACUGCGCACCAUUGUGCGAGACCGCGAGACAGCCAACGUGGACCGAGCAAGAGAAGAAAACGGCGAUGGCGCCCCAACAAGAGGGCGGCGUAGGACAAUGUCUCUCAAUGCGAAGCAGCCUACCGUGGACACAAGAGCACCGCAAUCAGAGCGUCUCAACAACUACGCCGUUGUGCUUAAUUCUGCUAUUCAGUUCCUGUCUGAGCUGCACGCAAGAUCCGAGGUCUUUCGUGAUCACGCAAACACGUCAAAUUACGUUCAAGAGUUGCUCUUCGUUCUGUAUCCCGUGAUUGUCACCUCCGACAGUGUCAGUGCGGAGACCGAGCUACUGUCGAGAGGCUCAGCCUUGACCUUCGAAGGCCAGGAUGUGGUCAUACAGCCAGUAUCCGGUGCCAACAGCCAGCAAACUCCAAUCAUACGCACUAACAAUGCUCCCACAACAGCAUCUCCCGGAGCGCAAAGAGUACUACCUUUCCGGAGGGCAUCAUCGUUUGUUCUCGUCUCAGCCGACAAAGCGAGGAAGGCUGCUAAGCAACCGCCUCUGAACCCCAUUCUCUCCCCGAGAAACACCGCACCUGUCGCGAUGAAAGUAGGCAGCUCCGUGGUCGAAGCCAUGCUUGAGGUCGUUCUGGACGUCUUCAAAGAGCAGCUGUUCACCCGGAAAGACUUCCCAGGGCUUGGUCUGUUCAUGAAGACACCACCAGGUUUCCAGGAGCACCAAGCAUACUUUGAAUCAUACAUACUACGCCAGAUCCUCUCAUCCGUCAAGAACGCUCUCCAGCUCGACCAGAAUCUUCUUCACGAGCCUCGCGUUCUUAUCAAUCUAUCGCGCUUCGUCAGCCACAUCUCGGAGGCUGUAUUCGAGGGUUGGUUCCUUCAUGGAGCCGAGCCGUUGCUGGACUUUACGGGCUUCCUACUGGAGUACCUCGAGAGACCCGAUAUUGCCGCGAUCAAGUCCGUCAGAUUGUGUACACAAGCGAUCCAAACCAUGAGGGCCACGUUCCUCAAGGUCGCGUUGCUACAGCUCGCUGAUCCAGACGAUUCUGAAGACGGAUCCAACACUACCUCGAUCAUCGAAAAGAUGGUGUAUUGGCAGCCAAUCAUCCUCUCGUCGGCGAAUACCGAGACCUUCUCGCUGAAGAUGAUAUGCUACCUCUUCUAUACCAAGCUGUCAUCGGAACACGAACCGGUGCGCUUGGCCGCAGCAAAUUUCUGGCGGUUGCUGCUCAUGCAAAAGCCCCAGGAGACAUCAUCCAUGCUUGAGAAUGCCAUACACUCCGACAAAAGAAACCUCUACGAAGGCUUUCAGAAGCUCGUAGAGCUUGAUAAUGAGACCUUUUUGAAAUGGUUCGGCGAGCAUAGGGUAGACCUGGAUACCUUCUUCUAUGGAUCAUUGACAAGGACAUGGGAGGAGUUUGCGCACGAACAGAACAAGCGAACGGAAGAGACGUCGGCAAGACGCAUUGGCAAGAGAAAGGAGAAGCUGAAGCAGUGGCAAGCCGAGGAACUCACAUCCGAGAAUGUCUGGAAUCAUCAUGAAAAUUCGACCGGCCACUGGAGGUCAAACAUCCACGCUUCUGAGCGCAUCAAGCACCAACGAGUGCUUCAGGACCAACAAGACAACGCGACUUAUCUACAGACGGUUCUCACUAAGCUCGACCACCAGCUCAAGGGUCCGUGCGCUCUCUUUGACAACAGCCCGCCAGCUAAGUGGCGCCUCGACGAAACCGAAGGCCGCGAUCGCAGACGCAUGCGUAUCAUCCUUGACAACACAAAUCGUGACCAGCAUUACCAGCCCAAGCGCAAAGACACAGAUCCAAUGGGCAGGCUGAAACUCGAUACUAUCGUGACUGCAGUAUCAGCAAAAGAUGCAUUAGAUGUCACACCGAUCGGGCGUCGGUCUGCUACGCCAUCGACUCUUCCCAAAGAAGAAUCGCAGAAUGACGACGCGUCGGGUAGCGAAGAAGACUUUGAAAUGGUCGAUGCUUUGUACGAGGAUGACGAUGGCUUCGAAGACAAGAACCGGAAGGUCAUGCGCAGUCUGAACCGAGGUGAUCAGGUGCAGUAUGUUUGCAACAUCUCGCGUGUCGUCGGUCUGGAAGCUAUCGAAGGCUUGCUCAUUGUGGGCAAGGAUUGCCUCUAUCUCCUCGACGACUUCUUCCAAAGGUCAGACGGCGAGAUUGUGCGAGUCUGGCAGGCGCCUCCUGACGAGCGUGACCCUUAUGUGCAAGUGAUUGCUGGCAAAGAAGCGAUCACAAAUCGACGCCCACCACCCAGAACUCAGGAAGAAUCUGCGAGGCAUUGGAAAUGGAGUGAGGUCAUCAGCAUCUCCAAGCGCCGCUUCCUGCACCGCGAUGUCGCGAUCGAGAUCUUCUUUGACGACGGGCGUAGCUACCUACUUACUGCAAUCUCUGCCCAGGCGCGAAACGAUAUUCAUGGUAGAGUGCUGCAGCGCGCCUCACACGUUAUCAAUCCAGAGAAGCUGGUGAACUCGGAGAUUGCGUGGCGUCUCGACUCGUUGCGUAACAUCGAGGAAGCACCACAGACGUUCGGUUCUCGCUUUGCCUCCGCUUUUGGCUCUGCGUCGUCGCAUCCAGCAACCAAGAAGUGGCUGAAGGGUGAAGUCUCCAACUUCCACUACCUGAUGUUUGUCAAUACGUUGGCAGGGCGAACUUUCAACGACCUCACGCAGUACCCCGUCUUCCCUUGGGUGAUCUCAAAUUACGAGAGCGAAGAACUAGACUUGACCGAUCCGCGCAACUUCCGCGACCUGAGCAAGCCAAUCGGUAUCCAGCAUCCAAGACAGGAGCAGUCGAUACGUGAGCGAUUUAGCUCGUUCGCUGAAAUGGGCGAUCCGGACCAUGCCUUUCACUUUGGCACGCAUUACUCUUCGGCUAUGACGGUCGCGUCUUACCUCAUGCGCCUGCAGCCUUAUAGCGCUGCCUUUUUCCUCAUCCAGGGCGGCACCUGGGACCACGCAGAUCGCAUGUUCUACUCGAUUCAGAACGCAUGGGAAUCAGCGUCGAACAAGAACAUGGCGGACGUGCGCGAGCUCACGCCAGAAUUCUUUUUCCUGCCAGACUUCCUCACCAACGUCAACGGAUACAACUUUGGCCUGCGCUCUGACGGAUCAAGCAUUGACAAUGUACAGCUACCUCCAUGGGCUAAAGGCGACCCAGCCAUCUUCAUCGCCAAACAGCGUGAAGCCCUCGAGAGCCCCCACGUCAGCGCCAACUUGCAUCACUGGAUCGACUUGAUCUUCGGCCAUCAGCAGCGCGGUGAAGCAGCCGUCGAAGCAGCCAACGUCUUCCACUGGAUGACGUAUCAGGGUGCCAUCGAUCUGGACUCCAUUGUCGAUGAGAAGGAACGCGCCCAAAAGAUCAGCGUGAUUAACAAUUUCGGCCAAACGCCUACGCAAGUCUUUCAGCGCCCGCACCCGUCCAGAGAGAAUGUUGCAAAGGUCACAAAACUCGACACCGCCGCCGAGAGUCUGCAUCGCGUACCUGGUACCCUGCUUGAAGCACACGACCGCAUCGCCUCGUUGAACUAUAUUCCCAAGAGCGAAAAGCUGCUCUGCUCCGCGCCAUUCAGGCACAACCUUCCGCCCCACUACAACGUACAUAUGGAAUGGGGCUUUACAGACGGAUCCGUUCGUUUCUACGACUCGCACUCCAAGCGACUCCUCGGACUCUUCGAACACCUGCAUUCCGGCCAGCUCACCACAUCGUUGUUUGUCGACGGUCGUACUCUCAUCACAGCGGGAACUGAUUGUACUCUUGCUCUCUGGAACGUCAUCCGAGCAGAGAAGGGCCAUAUCGAGCUUCAGAACGCGACGAGUCUGUUUGGACAUAAAUCUCCUGUCGUCUGCCUUGCGGCAAGUCGCGCUUUCUCUGCCUUCCUCAGCGCGGAUCAAGGGGGCAAGGUGUUUCUCUGGGAUCUGAAUCGCAACGAAUUUGUCCGCGAACUGGAUCUCGGGUCGCGACAGAGGCGAGCGAGGACCCCUGUCCAGGCUGCGCGCAUCAACUCGGCCACUGGACAUAUCGUGCUCGCGGUCGGGCCGCGAUUGAUUGUCACGACGCUGAAUGGCGCGAUAUUGCUUGACGAGGAUGUGUGUGAUGGUGACGAUGACACAGAAGGGCUCACCUCUAUCGCAGUCUAUGAAGGUGCAGGCAAUGAAUGGUGCGAGCGCGAACUCAUCUUCACGGGUCACAGGCGCGGUAUUGUCAAAAUCUUCCACCUCACACCCACACCCAGCACGCCCUUCACCACUUCUCCCUCCGCCGCCGCACACACCACCCCCAGCGGAUCAGCCUCGACCUGGUCAAUCGACCUCGUCAACGUGCUAGCCCACGGCGAUCCGAUGAUCGAGCGCACCGCCGCGCCAAUAACGUGCAUACUCCCGCUCGAGAGAAGCGUGUACACGGGCGACGAAGACGGCCGAGUUUAUGAGUGGGAUUGUGUGCAAAGACACCACUGA